AGGGCGACUGCAAAAGAAAUCUUCCUACACUAGUAUGUUUUCACAAGAGAAUCUUACGACUCAGCAGUUGCUAUUGAGAAUGUGAAGAUUUUCUUGGAUAUUUACAUACAGUACGCGGAGAGAAAGAAUUAAACAAGCAAUUCUGGGGCGGCUCCAAACAACAGACGCCUCCAACAUGCUUCUCGACCUCCCACCAGAGCUCGUUCAGCUCGUACUGAAACAUUGCUGUACUUCAGCUUAUAUCCAAGCUGCUUUCAGCUGUCGCACCUUGUACAGAAUUGCCUCGUCUUCUCGAGAUGUUAUUCUACAUCACCUGAAGACCAACCCAGGCCCAGGGUUCAGGAUGCAGGCUGAUCAGAAGUCCAAGGACAACACUGAGCGACUGACUACGCGAGAACUGUUUUUACUGCUGCGACGAGGUGCCAGCGAACAUCUACUCAAUGGAAGUGUCGAUUUUGACCGGACCAUGUACACUUUCAACGGCAAGAUCAUUGAUAAUCCUGCAUGUUCAAUGAACUAUGCCAAGGAUCGAAAGGCUAUUCUGUUGGUCUUCAAAGACGAUGAACGAAUCUAUCAUUGUCCAACAGGUGCUAACGGGAAGGUGAGGAUAGAGAAUGCUCAGACAUGCAAACUACCCGUCUUGAACUUAGACCGGAUCAGGAUCAUCAAGACUACAUACGCUACUGAUACCGAGGAUCUGGUGGGUGUUAUCAUCAAAAACGAAGAGUCUACCCUUGAGGAUGAUGAUGGGGAAGCACCUCCUUUCUUCAAUGAAGAGUUGCAGCGCGAAAAACAGCGAUACCGCACUGGAUAUCUCCUACUCUUUCUUGAGGAAACCCAAAAAAUCACCCGGGUAGCACUCUGUCAACUUCCUGACGACGGCUAUAAGGUCAAUGCAUUGGCGGCUAAAUUUGCGCAUGAAUUUGCCAUAUCAUGGGAAAAGAUUGAUGGAAGCGAUCAUAUGGUUUCGGUAUACAGGGCUUGGCUGGAUGACUACAAAGGUCGAUUCACUCAUGGAGUACCUGAUUUACAAUAUUCCGAGACUGCAGUUGUCAACAAAGAGGGCUUGUGGGUGCAACCGAGAAGCGGUGUUGCUCAGCUCUCGCAGCAUCGUGAAGUCGCGGGUUUGGGCCCAGUAGCGGAGCUCAGAUAUAACGACAGGAACCAGUUACUGCAUAGUCAUCGGGGAUCUACCAUUUUUAGUUAUUAUCAUAACCUCUCUUUCUUGAGGGGUGAGCAUGGUACAACGAUCGUGGGCAAUAGCGCUCAUAGAAAUUACGCCAGGAUCAUGAAUGAUCAAUCAGACCUAUCAUUGCUCUAUUUCACGGUAGAUAUUCCCUUUUUCGCCACGCAUGAGACAUAUACUCCGCUAGACGGUGAUAACGAUAUCUGUCGAUGGAGAUAUCUUUCUUACGCCAUUGGUACUCCUCGUUCCGGCGGGAAGGCAGUGGCAUGUUUACUGAAAGCGCAAUCCGAAUGUCGUGCUAUAACUUGUAUGCACGAGACCAAUCUAGAAAGGGGUCGACGCCUACCGUCAUGGGAAGCUGUUGCAAUGCUUUGUGGCCAUCCUGAGUUGUCUCCAAGUACAAUAGGUGGGAUCUUUGCUGCCUCGCCCAACGGUACCCGGGUCGCAGUCUCGAAUUGGAAUACAUUGUACGUCUGGGCGUUGAAUCCGGGAGAAGUGAUCUUGGGUCGUGAGAGUAGCUACUAUCCCAGGACAUGGUGUCUGGAAGAAGACGAUGAGAAGUUGACUGAGUUGCGUCCUGUGGUGAUACACAUGGAAGCGGUUUGUUUCAAGCUCAUGUUUACGGAGAACGAUGAUGUUAUUGUAGGUUUGACGGAUCGUGGAUUGAUGACGUGGGAUUUGGGACCGCAAACACGACGGAGACGAGAUACUUUGAAUCUGGAUACUGAAAACGCACCAAUUGUGGGAUAUGGGCCACGGAUUCCAGAGCUUCACACAGACUACUCAUCCGAGGGCGGAUCAGAGGCUGGAGAAGAGGAUGCAGGGGAUGACUCGGCGGAUGAAUCAGAGGAAGCAGAUGAUAUGGCAGUCGAUUGAUCUGACAGGUCAUUUGUGAGGUCAUGAUUAGGUUGUGUAUAACAGUGUAGUGUACAUAGGAUAGUUGCUCAGGGCAUUCAAACUGAUCUACCAAGAUCGUAUUCAUAACAUCCAUUUCCCCCGUAAAAUGUAUUUGGGAUUUAUUGUCCUUCUCCUCCGCCUCCAGACAACGUCAUAAGCGCAACGAUCAUCAACACCCACCAAUACCU